AUGACAGAAGACCAGGACCUGAUGGCCAAGAUCAGCCAGCUAGCUGGCCAGAUCAACCGACACAAGAACCAGGCCCCCCAGCCGCAGCCAUCAUAUGGCAGUGAACAUGUGGCACGUCAUGGACCGUCACGCGGCCGCGGAUGGGCACCGUAUCGCGGACGACCGUAUGCGCGAGGCGGCCGAGGCGCUGCUCCCCAUCGUCACCGCACCCUCAUUCUCAACAACGCGACCGCAUCGGGGACACCUGGCGCGACCACGCCGUCAACGGGCGCGGGCACCGACAACGAUGGUGAGAGCGGGCGGUCCACGACGCCCAACGGCUGGGUUGCCAAACGCGAUCGACACAUGCAGCUCAUCAACUCAGCCAUCUACGACAAGGAGGCGCAGGCGCGCGCGAAGGCCAUGGAAGAGAGCCGCAAGGCGAAGGCCCUGAAGAGGGCACAGGUCGAGCAGGACAAGGUGCUACGGUACGCGCGGGGCGUCGGCCACCAGUAUCGUCCUUCUGCGACUGUGGAGCCGUCGGCAGACUAUCAAGUCUUCCUCAACGAUAUCCCCUUCCGCGUAUCUCGUGAAGGCAGCAAGUUGAUUCGCGUGUCUGGUGCGGCUAUCAUUGAUGUUUCUUGUUCGACCAAGCGGGCGGGCUUACCGGUCAUAGGGGAUCCGAACAACACGCCGAAGCGGGUGACGGUUGCUGGUGUCACUUUUGUGCGGAGCAAAAACGGGAACCUCCAUCGUCUGGGCGCCGUGACUUCGAAAAGGAAACAUACGCAGGUCAAGAAGAACGAACUUUGUCGACGGUUUACUACGACGGGUACCUGCUACAAAGGACCGACGUGUACCUACAUCCACGACCCCCACAAGGUAGCCAUCUGCAAGGACUUCCUGCAGACUGGCCAUUGCAACGCAGGUAUAAGUUGCGAUCUCUCCCAUGAACCUUCGCCCCACAGAUCCCCUACUUGUAUGCAUUUUCUGCGCGGGCGCUGCGCGAACCCCGAAUGUCGCUACGCCCACAUUAAGGUGACGCCUGGCGCGCCGGUGUGCCGGCGGUUCGCGCAUUUGGGUUACUGCGAGAAGGGCGCCGAGUGUGAUCAGCGACACGUCCACGAGUGUCCGGACUACGCCAACACAGGCGUCUGCAACAAGAAGCGCUGCAGACUGCCGCAUGUGGACCGGGCGGGCCAGAUCCGCAAGAAUACCGCUCAGCGGCUGGACACCGACAAUAACGAAGACAACGACGAGUCUGAUGCUUCCAGUGAGGAUGAGGAAUACGAUGAGAUCGACUCAGACGAUGUGGAUUCGGAUGCGUUGGAAGACGAUGAGCCGGAGCUCAUCGGAGCGGCGAGCACAGCUGGUAAUAGCGAGCUCGCUCAGCAACAGGAUUUUAUCCGUUUCUAG